AUGAGAGAUCGAGAAGAGAUAAAUCAGCUGUAUAACAGAGAGCUUUGCCAGAACACAGCAGCUUCUCACCACCUCCCUCUGCAGAUGGAGACUUCAGAAGGAGCUGAACUCUGCUUUCCACAACUCAACAAUUCUUGCAGGAAACCCAUGCCAGCUCAGUUACAUGCCAUGCUCACUUACACCGUGGUGUCCUUCAUCUCUCUGCCCACUGUAGCUCUCAACCUGCUGGUCAUCAUCUCUAUCUCCCACUUCAGGCAGCUCCACACCCCCACCAACCUCCUCAUCCUCUCCCUGGCUGUCUCAGACUUCUUCGUGGGCCUCCUGCUAAUGCCUUUUGGAAUCAUUUUAACAGAUGCUUGCUGGUUCCUGGGUGACCUAAUGUGUGCUCUGUAUUAUGUUGUACAUUUUAUCAUUAUCUCUUCUUCAGUUGGAAACAUGGUGCUCAUAUCAAUUGAUCGUUAUUUGGCUAUUUGUGACCCUCUACGUUACACCACCAGAGUUACUCUCAACAGAACAAAAGUCUGUGUUUGUCUGUGUUGGAUUUGCUCUUUUCUCUAUAAUUGUCUAAUUGCAAAGGACUUUCUGAGACAACCUGAUUCAUAUAAUUCCUGCUAUGGAGAGUGUGUAUUUGUUGUUGACUAUAUCACAGGAGCUGUUGUCUUAGUCUUUUCCUUUAUUGUCCCCAUUACUGUCAUCAUAGUUCUGUAUAUGAGAGUGUUUGUGGUGGCUGUGUCUCAGGCUCGAGCCAUGCGCUCUCAUAUUGCAGCUGUUACACUCCAGCGUUCAGUUGGUGGAACUGCUAAGAAAUCUGAGAUGAAAGCAGCCAGGACUCUCGGUAUUGCUGUAGUUGUCUUUCUAUUUUGUUCAUUUAUAUAUUACUCUCCAUCCCCGAGCAGUGAGGAUAUUAAAGUCAGUAGUUCAUCCUCACUUGUUGCAGUCUGGCUAAUGUAUUUUAACUCUUGUCUAAACCCAGUGAUCUAUGCCUUCUUUUACCCCUGGUUUAGAAAAUCUAUCAAACUCAUUGUUACCUUUAAGAUACUUCGGCCUGACUCUUGUGAUACUAAAAUACUGUAG